GCGUAAAACAACUUUUAAGUAUAGUAAAUGAUAUAAAUUUUACUGUACAAUUUGUAUGUAUCAGGGAAUAGCUAUAGCAAAUAUGGUCCUAUCGUAGCUACAUGCACAUUCACAUCUUGCGCAAUUGUAGUACACGGAACAAUCGCAUCCUUCAAAUGGAGCGUGUUUUGAAAGCUGUACCAGCUGAUUUAAGAGUAAAAAUGGAGGCACUUGUGCACGAUUUAACUUUGGCAUUGGAAGAAAGCAGAAAUAGUGCAAAUGUCAGACGUAGAUGGGGUAUCAGAAGAAGAGCCCGUUCCACAGGCAAUAUUCCAUCUCUACACAUGAACAAACAUUCGGAUGACAGUUCGUCUUCCAUAUGUGAUAUCCAUGUUCCAAAACAUAAUGCCAUGUGCAAAUAUCAAUCCGAUAGCGAUGAUACAAAUCAAACAAAAAGAUUUGCGCGUUUUUCCAAUUUCAAUAAUCCUAGCAAUAUUGAAAGUGAUUCAGUUAAUGAAAAUUUUGUACCUAGAGUAAAUCCAAGACGUAAAAGAAAAUUCAAGAGAAUGGCUAUUGAUUCAGAUUCAAACCCUUCAACUUCUCAAACAGUUGCAAUUAUGUCAACAACACUUGGAGAUAAAAAGAGGAUUUUCAGAAGCGAUUGCAAAAAUAGAUAUGGAACAAUAUGGUGUGGAAAACGUAAAAGAUCAUGUAGGGAGCGUUCUACAGAUUGUGAAAUGAGAUCUCUAAAACCAAAUAGAAAUACGAAAUCAAAAAAUCGCAUUAAAAUGCAAACAGGAGAUUUGAUUGAUUGUUCAAAAAUAUCAAGUUCGAGCAUCUCGUCUAGUGAUUCGGAAGCCGGACUUAUUACAAAUGACGAAGAUCGAGAAGGAGACGACGAACAGUCGGACUGGAUUGGAGAGCCGAGUUGGUGGGAUGAUGGUGAAAGUACUAACGAAGAUAAAGUUACUACAGAUUCAGCAUUUCAAAUGCUAUUACAUGGAAGUUUUGAGCAUGCUACAGAUAAAGCAAGAAAAAGCUAUAGACAAAGAAUUCAAAGAAUUCGAGAAGGUCAUAGUGGAAGAGAAAUUCGUGCUGGUCGUCGUCAUGUCGACAAUAAACCUGGAUAUUCGAUUAUCACAUCAGCUAACGAAAAGGUGUCCAGGUUUUUACAAGAUCCUACUCAAAGUGAACUUAAAUUACAUCCUAUGCGUCAACCUGAGCGAGAAAAACUUCGUCGGCUUGCAAAUUUAUACAGUUUAAGCUUAAAAGGAGAUUUAGGUUGUCCAAUUUUAUAUAAAACUAGACACACUACACAAGCCAUUUGUGUAGAUCAAGCACCAUUAAAGAGAUUUUCAGAUUAUAAGAGAUUAAGAAGAACUCCACCAAAUUCACCAAAUCCGGAACCAGUGAUGCAUAAUCAGGAAUAUCAAAUUUCUAGCACAAGUUUUGGCUUACAAAGUAUAAGCCCUACGUCAAAUAUAGAUUCCAUGCAGUCUUUACCAAAAUUUUCUCAUUUUGAAUGGGAUACAAACAGUAUGGACAUCGAAAUUCAUGGAAAACCAAAGUUGCAUGAAUUUGGUCAUUCAAAAUCAAGCUAAA